AUGCGCUUCCUUCACUCGCUCACCCCCGCGCUCGCGCUCCUAUGCGCCGGUGCCGCCCAGGCAGCUUCUUCCUGGGGAUUUGACGACGCGUCAGUUUCCAUUCUUCGCAAGCCCGAGGCUGUUAAGGAGACACUGAGCCCCAAGGGUCUCCUGAAGACGCCCAUCACUCUCGGUGCGAAGGAAUCCAUCAAGAUCGCCUUGACGACCAAGGAGAAUGGCAAGGCCAAGCGCCCGCACCAGGCCUUCCUGAUCCUCCGUGACACCGCCACCGGACUUGAGGCCCCUUUCCCCCUCAGUGUCAAGGAGAAUGGCAAGGGUACCGUCGAGAUUGCCCAGAAGGACCUCCCCAUCCAGCACAGCAUCACCCCCGAGCACCUGGAGGCGUACAUCGUCAUCGGCUCUUUCGGUUCCUCCGCCGCCAUCGAGUCGCCGCUCUUCAACCUCGAGAUUGACCGCAACCCCGACGACCUGCGUCCUCUCUCCUACGAGGCACCCCUCCGCUACGGCAAGCUCAACGAGCAGACCCACCACUACCGCAAGCACGACACGAGCCCCAACAUUCUCCUGAGUCUGAUCGGCCUCGGCCUCGUCGUGGCCACCUACCCCGCGCUCCUCGCCGCUUGGGGCUACUUUGGUGCCAACCUCAACCAUGCCCAGCAGGCCCUGAGCAAGGCUCCCGUCGCCCACGCGACCUUCUUUGGCUCCAUCAUCGCCAUGGAGGGCGUCUUUGUCGCCUAUCACAUUGGCUGGAAGCUGCUCCACAUCCUGCCCAUCGUCGGCGUCGUGGGUACCGUCACCUUCCUGUCGGGCGUCAAGGCUCUGAGCGAGGUGCAGGGCCGACGCCUUGCCGGUCUCAGGCAAUGA